AUGACCCGUUGGGUUGCUAACGACUUCAUCGCGGUCUUACCUAUGAGUUUCUUUAUCGCCAAUCUUUUUUAUAUCAUGGCUUCAGGGCUCGUGAAAAUCUCGUUUUGUUUAUUCUUAUUACGAGUAGUUGUCAUCGGACGAGCUUAUAUCUACACGAUAAUAUGCGGUCGGUGCGAUUACGACCAUCUUCACAACUUUCUACUGGUUCUCCAGCCUGCUCACUCGCUUGCCGGUAUUCGCCAGCUUGCUACUGGUUUUGGAGCAAUAGCGAGUGUUGCCACGAUAGACUCGCGUAUGGGUCAGCAUCAUAGCCGUAUCUGCUGUGACGCUCAAGCCACUGCUGGUGAAAGACAAGAUCCUUUUCCACCUUCGCCAUUUCCCCGAAGACGUAUCAACGGAACCGGUGAUGAGAAUUUCACGUGCUCCAUUGGCACCGGACCAAAACGGAAAACUCAUCAGAAUCACCUACAAAAUUCCUCCGGCCACAGAAAGAUUAGUUCCUCUAUGUUAAGGGCUGAUGUCAUAAUGAGCCGGUUAUCGUCUGAGGAAGUUAUAUGGGCAUCAAAGGGCGGCGAGGGUGACCGGCCGAUAAAUACCAGUGAGGGGAUCGCGAAGGAUUUGGAAAUGAUCCCGACAGGAAAGAUACACAAAGUCGUCGAGUUUUCGACAUCGAGAGCCACAAAGAAGCCGGACGACGAACCCACGCUGAUUCACCCGCAGGGGUAG